UCAAGCCUGACCCUCCAGAGCGCGUGCAGCUGAGCCCCCUCCCUGGGCAGCGACUCCGGGUCCGCUGGGAGCCACCCCGGUCCUGGCCCUUCCCAGAGAUCUUCGCACUCAAGUACCGGGUUCGCUACAAGCGCCAAGGAGCUGCCCGUUUCCGCCAGGCGGGGCCCAUGGAAGCCACAUCCUUCAUCCUCAGGGCCGUGCGGCCCCCAGCCCAGUACUGCAUCCAGGUGGCGGCUCAGGACCUCACGGACUACGGGGAGUCGAGCGACUGGAGUCUCCCUGCUGCUGGCCCCUGA